AUGAUGGAUAUGGGAUCUGCUACCAGUAGUCUGGGAAUGGCGCUGAGCACCAUGGCCGGAAUGGAUAUGGCCUCUUCAACAUCUUCUUCAAUGUCCAUGUCUACCUCUCUGUCCGACAGCAUGGACAUGGACAUGGCCUCCAUGCACAUGUAUUUCACUACAGACUACAAUAACUAUCCGGUGCUCUUCCUGACCCUUAAGGCAGACACCAAGGCCAAGGCCUUUGGGAUAUUUGCGCUCUUAUUUUUCAUUGCAUUUACUGUCAGAGGUAUAGAAUUUACGAGAUUGUACUUGGAACAGAAGGUGUGGAAAAAUCCUGCUUUCCUCGGCGGGGACUGCGGUGCACUUACUACCAACGAACUGAGAUCCUCGUUGAACAGGAAAACCGAUGCUAGUACUGCGGUUAUGGAGGCUGUAGGCUGUUGUGGUGGUAAGGAAAGCGAGGUGAGCAGUGAAGAAGUCGAACCUUUGGAAGGAAACAUACCCGGGGCUCGUGACCCUCACCGUUUAAGGCUAGCAUCUUCAUUAUUCAGAGACUGUAUUAGAAUAGUACUCUGUAUCAUUCCUGAUAUGUUCUCAUUCGCCUUGAUGUUGGCAACGAUGUCAUUUUGCUUGGUUUAUUUCUUUGCUGUUGUUAUAGGAUUAGGUUUGGGCAGGUUUUAUUUCGAAAAAUUGUCCAUGAAGCAUAAUUUGAGAGCAGUAACCAGCGGGUAUUGUGGAUAG